CGCAAUCGGGAAGGCACCCCAAUUCGUUUGCAACGCAAUCGGCAAAGUUAAACCAAGUCCAACCUUCUCGACAACUGUCGGCGACUGUCGCCGAUAGGGAAUGCACCCCGAUUCGUCUGCAACGCAAUUGCACGAUUGCGUCAGGGCAGCUAGCAACGCAACCUGAAUCGUCUGCAACGCAAUCGGCAAAGAUAAACCAGGUUCAACCUGAAGCUAGGUUUCCAUAGAAUCGCUCACCCUUUCGGCGACAGUCACCGACAGUUGUCAGGGAGGUUGAACCUGGUUCAAAUUUUCCAAUUGCGUUGCAGACGAUUCAGUGUGAGCGAUUCUAUGGAAACCAAGCUUGAUCAGUCUGAUCAGAACCUUCCACGUUGGGAAGAGCUACGCGUGUAACGAUUGCACUGAAACAUUGUGCAGCGAUUCUAUGAAAGCCUGGCUUGAACGAAUUUAAAUACUGUAUUGUUCAUUUGUUCUUCGCGUUAAAACGCAUUGCGUCUACAUUUCGAUUAGAACAAAGUUCAUGUAGGCGAAGUGCUGAUGAGGUUAAUGUCAAGUAUUAAACUGCUAUAGUGUUUGCUUAAGACAAAACUGUUCUUGUGUAUAUUGUGCGCCACUUAUCUACCCAACUAUGAGACCCAUAGUACGAAUACGAGUUAGACAAGGUUGCAGGACUUGGAGAUUUUACUGAUCAUUCGUUACGAAGUUAAUUUUCUUAUGAGGGCCUUUUUUAACACAUGCUUUCUCUGAAGUUCAUGAUAUUAGUUAUUAACCUUCGAAGUAGCACCCUAAAUGGUACAUAGGGUAGUUAAAAGCUGACAAAAUGGAGGACUUUGAAACCGCUGCUAGUAGACGCCAGUCCACACUGACUUUCACUGAAGUGGUUGUUAUCCCACGAAGCCCGAAGCGUGUAUCUCUUAUUGUCUGCAAACAUUGUUUAAACGUUUUCAUAGUAUGCAUGUGCAUCUCUUCCAUUGUAUGCAUUGUGCUUGGAGCCAUUUUCGACAUCAAUUUCUUAUACAUUGGAUUGACUGUCUUAGCUUGCAUGCUGCUCGUCCGGCCAUGUGUCGAUAGAAUCAAAUACUGUUCCUCUUACUGGCAUUUAGGGCCUGAGUUUCACGACAUUCAAGAAAGUGAUAACUAUGUUUCAUCUCGUUCCAGUUCAAUAAAUUAUUAUUAUUUAGAUAAACAGGAAUCAGCUUCGAAGAGAAAGCCUAUGUAUUUGACACAAAUUUCUGAUAGGCUUACGUGUAGAUUGGAAGCAAUAAAUGAGUACCCUCCUGAUUACUCGGACGCAUCCAAAGAGGAAAUUUUAGAAGGACGUUCGGAAAACUCUGUGACUGCCAAUUCAAGCGAGGGGUCAUCAACGCCACCUAUGUACAUUGAUGCGUGUUCUGGAGGAAACACUCCGCUAUUACACACGAGAAAAGACUCUGAAGAGGAUACCGAAGAGGUUGACGUUAAAUUCACAGAUACAAUGAUAGCACACGAAACAGAAAGAAAAAAAAACUGACGCCAAAUUUAAUUCAAAUUCAUUGUAAAUAUCCAAUCCCUCCUGAGUCCCGGAUUAAAAUUGACUAAAAUGCCACUCUCUACCAGGGAUGAGUCCA